CCUGUUACUCCCACUCUAGGGUUACAGGAGCCUGGAGCGCCUCACGGGCCUGCCCUGCCCCUCACCCUCUAUCCCGUGAAAACGGAAAUAUUGGGGCCGGCGUUAAGGGCGCGCCAGACGCUGACAGGCCACGCUCAGUGUGGGCGGGGGCCGUGCGCGGCGACGCGGGAGGACCAGGCCCUGGAAAGCGGGUGCCCAAAAUGGCGUCCGGGCAGGCGGUGAGUGGGCAAGGGAGGGCCACGGCUGGCGGGAGCGCGGCGCCGGCGGAGCCAUCUACUUCCGGAACCUUAAGGCGGUUUCCGGAAACCAGGACGGCGUCCCCAUGACAACCGACGUUGGUUCUUUGAGGCCCUUGUCUUAGAGCAAUUGAAUGAAAAAACUCUGAUGCUGAGGAACCAGAUGCCUCUUGCUCAGUGCUAGGGAAGCUGGGAGCUGUGGAGUGCGCCCUGGGAGGCCCAGGGGGACAGAAGGAAGAUGCUCCAGACCAGCAACUACAGCCUGGUGCUCUCCCUGCAGUUCCUGCUGUUGUCCUAUGACCUCUUUGUCAAUUCCUUCUCGGAGCUGCUCCGCAUGGCCCCUGUCAUCCAGCUGGUGCUCUUCAUCAUCCAGGACAUUGCAAUCCUCUUCAACAUCAUCAUCAUUUUCCUCAUGUUCUUCAACACCUUCGUCUUCCAGGCUGGCUUGGUCAACCUCUUAUUCCAUAAGUUCAAGGGGACCAUCAUCCUGACAGCUGUGUAUUUCGCCCUCAGCAUCUCCCUUCAUGUCUGGGUCAUGAACUUGCGCUGGAAAAACUCCACCCGCUUUGUCUGGACAGACGGACUUCAGACGCUGUUCGUGUUCCAGAGACUAGCGGCAGUGCUGUACUGUUACUUCUACAAGCGGACAGCCGUGCGGCUGGGCGAUCCUCGCUUCUACCAGGACUCCCAGUGGCUGCGCAAGGAGUUCCUGCAGGUCCGAAGGUGACCGCUCGUCGCCCCGAUGGACGCCUUCCUGACGGAAGCCACGCCGGCCGCUCUGUGGAGGCGGCGUUGGGGUCUCUGCACCAGGAAGCACCGGGCUUCCUCAGACAAGCCGUGGCCGGUGUGUUCAAAUGUCAGGAAGAGCCUCCCUCUUGCAAAUUAAGUGUCCCCGAGCCGGUGUGUAGCUCCUGCUGGCCACCGACCUCAGGCGUCCCUGUCGCCCCGCGCUGCACUCCUCUUCCUCAGAGGUUGGGUGGCUGCAUCCUUGGGAAGCUUUUGCUUAGCCUGGCGUGGGGCGGCUCCCGGCACCCACUUUCCUGGCUCCACACUGAUGCCUGAGGGACGCAGAGGGGGAGUUCCGUGCUCCUGACUGAUCACUCCUCAGACGUUUAUAUUUACCCUCAAGGCACUGUUUUUACAUUUUAUAAAUAGGAAAUAAACUGAAUGUUUUUCUC